AUGCCAUUGAAGACAUCUUUCGCAGUUGAGAGACAAGUCGAUGUCGUUUACGCUGGUGGGCCUGUUACCGCAGGUGGUCAUCUACUCGCUUCUAGCCUGGGGCAAGAUGUGGCCAUCAGCAACCUCGAGACGGGCGAGCAUGUGCUCAAGAUCAAAGGUGACUCGGAAGUACUUACUUCCAUGGUCAUGACAAAAGAUGGCAGUCAUCUCAUCACUUGCUCACGGUCGUUGCUCAUGCGCGUAUAUAGCUUACCUGAAGGCAAGCUCCUUCGUCAAAUGAAGGCGCAUGAAUCACCAGUCAUUACAAUGGACACAGACUCUACCUGUACUCUAGUAGCGACCGGUGGUGCUGAAGGAACCGUCAAAGUCUGGGACAUCCGAGGUGGUUUUGUGACACACAGCUUCAAGGGCCAUGGCGGUGUCGUCAGUGCACUCAAAUUCUAUGGUGUUGCAGGUGGCCAGACCUGGAGACUAGCGAGUGGUGCUGAUGAUUGCAAAGUACGGAUUUGGGAUCUCGUUUCAAGCAAGUGCUUAGCAGUGCUGGACGGACACUCGUCCGUCAUCCGUGGACUUGACUUUAGUGCAGCAGGGGACAGGGUCAUCAGUGGUUCGCGCGAUCAAAUCAUGACGGUUUGGGACAUUAAAAGCAAAAAAGCGACUGCCUCAAUACCAGUCUACGAGUCGAUUGAAUCGCUUGGCUUCUUGCAAGCUGGAUCUCUAGACACACAGGAUGAAUUGAUCUACCUCGGUGGAGACAAGAACAGAGUGCGCAUCUUCAAUCUUGCCACAAAAAAUGAGGUCGGUGGCACGGUAGAACAAGAGCAGACGACCGAGACGGUCAUUUUGCAAAUUCUUUACAUGCCGACACUCGAGUCUCUCAUUACAGUGCGGUCAAAUCAAACAAUCAUCAUCAACAGCGUCAAGGAGAAGACUCUGCCGCAAAUUCGACAAGUGAUUGGACAAUUUGAUGAGAUUAUCGACUGCUGCUAUGUACUUGACGAUCGGAAACUGGCCAUCGCAUCCAACAGCGAAGAUGUCCAUUUGCUUGACAUUGCAACAAACGAUGUCGAGGUACUCGCUGGCCACUCUGAGAUUGUCUUGACUAUGGACCGCAGCCAGGAUGGUCGUUUUCUCGUAACGGGCGCCAAGGACAAUUCUGCGAAACUGUGGCAUCUUGAACAGCAAAAGUGCAUCAUGACAUUCACUGGCCACACUGAGUCUGUUGGUGCUGUUGCAUUACCACGCACGCCAAAUGAAGAUGCGGAUGCAUUACCAGACUUUGUGUUGACAGGCGCACAGGAUCGAACGAUCAAAUGCUGGGACCCAGCGAGUGGCGGGAAGCGUUCACGAUGGACGAUCAAGGCACACGACAAGGACAUCAAUGCCAUGGACGUUUCACCCAACGACAAAGUCUUUGCAUCUGCUUCACAAGACCGGCUCUGCAAGAUUUGGGAUCUCGAGACGGGUGAAAUUCAGGGCAUCUUGAGGGGUCACAAGCGUGGCGUUUGGACCGUUAAUUUCAGUGCAUUCGAUAAGAUCAUCGCUACUGGUUCUGGUGAUCGCUCUGUGAAGCUAUGGAGCUUAUCUGAUUACUCUUGCCUACAGACAUUUGAGGGCCACACCAACAGUGUCCUGAAGUGUUUGUUCAUGAGUGCGGGUCAACAACUCGCAACUGCAGGCGGAGAUGGCCUUGUCAAGGUAUGGACACUCAAGUCUGGUGAAUGUGAAACGACACUCGACAAUCAUGAAGAUCGAGUUUGGUCGCUGGCCCUGCGUGCAGACGAUCGCGUACUCGUCUCUGGAGCAGGUGACAGUGUGAUUACAUUUUGGGCAGAUACAACAGAGCAAGAAAUGGUGAAACGCGAACGUGCUCGAGAGGUAUUGGCGGAUAAAGAACAGCAACUAUCAAAUCAUGUACAAAACAAGGACUGGCGGAGCGCGAUUGCAUUAGCCCUGUCACUUGAUCGACCAUCAAAGCUGCUUGGUUUAUUCAUGCGUGUCAUGGAGGAACGUGCAGAGUCAUCGGUGAAGGAUACUGCUGAUGCCUCAAGUAUUCUCGGAUUGGCAGCAGUCGACGAAGUGGUGGCGACCUUGUCAAAGGUACAACUGCAGCGCCUUUUGCUUCGUGUACGAGACUGGAAUGCGAAUGCCAAGACGGCGCCAGUUGCUCAGCAUAUUUUGCAUGUUGUGGUCAAAUCAUACCCGACUGAUGUCUUGCUGUCGCUUGAGAACCUCAAGGGCAUAUUAGAUCCUUUGGUUGCGUACGGCGAGCGGCAUUAUCAGCGUAUGAAUGAGCUAUUGUCGGAGAGUUAUCUGGUUGACUACACACUACGGGAAAUGUCAAUUCGUAGCUAG